AUGCAAGCUGAGGUAAUUUUCAGGUGGUGGAAAAUCUCACUUAGGAAUUAAUUUCGUGAAUCAAGACCUGGAGAAAUUAAAGAAUCCCAGGAGGAUUUUUUGGAUGAUUCAUCUCUUCAUAUUCAGGUUGCUAUAGUGUUUGGUGCCAAAGUUCUGGAACAUGUCCUCAAUCUGUGCUGAGGUAACUCUGACUUCCUGGAACAGCUUCCUGUCCCAUUGGUCCUGUACAUCAUUUCCUUUCUGGAGCUUGAAGAUAUUGCCAGGCUUUCCCAAGUUUCACGCAGAUUUGAAAUGAUACGUAACAGUAAUGCGCUAUGGGAAAAUAUUGUGCAGAACUUGUGUGACACAAUUACACCUGAAAUGAAAGAACUUGCACAGGAAAUGGGCUGGAAACAAUUCUUCACAAACAGACUUCAGCUACAGCUGCAGCUCCAAAGGAGGAGGCAGAAACAAGAUGCUCAGAACAAAACCCAAACAGAAUAAAGAUGCAUUUUUUAUUGAAGCAAUUGUUAUAAGGUGUGGAUUUACUGUUUAUCAGGUCAGACUCACUGACUUUUCUUCUUUACAAUAGAAAGCAGAUUAUUUUAAGGACUGAAAGAGGGAAAACAAAGUAUGUCUUACUAGGAGCAACAUGUAAAUACAAUGUUUAAUAUGUUGGACAUCUUGAAAUUGUAUUAUAGUUAGCAUCGUAACAGUUACUAGCAACAGAAGAGGUUGUGGCUUCUUUAUACUUCUUCAUUCUGACUUCUCUAUUUUGUAUAUAUGCUCCAUGUCUUACAUCAGAUGCUAUGGCAUUGUCAUUAUUACCCUUAUAGACAACCAUCUGUCAUUUCCUACUACAAAAAUUGCUGAUGAAUGCUGAAGUUAUUAAUGUCCACCAUGAUAAAUUUGCAAUGUUUAGAAGCAAAAACCAUGUAGCUGGUUCCAGAGUUUGAUGUGUGUUAAAAUGUUUUUAAUUUAAUUAUCUAAACUUCAAGCAAAUAGUAAUUUUGUCACCAAGAGGAAACUUCUACGGUGAAUGAGGGUGUGAAUCAAAUCAUCAUCUUUAUCUUGGACAAUCCAUCAAAAUAAUUUUUGAGGCACUGCCAGAAUGGAAUAAGGGCAAAAUUUUUCUUUGACGUUGCUGAUGAACAAUGGAAGUCAAUUAGUUUCAAAUGUUACUGCAAGUUACAUAUUUGAUGAGACAUUUGCUAUCUUACAAGACUAACAAUGGUUACUUUGUAAGAUGAAGGCAGAUUUUACUCACGACUGACUUGCUCCAACAUUCAGUUAUUAAGAGACCAAAUAUUACUACUCUGAAAGUACCAGUUGAUUAAUAUAUCAUUUGCCAUUGACUCGACUUAGGACCUGAGUAGUGGUUUCAGUAUUUGGAUAUAAUAGUGUAAUUUCAAGAGUGUAUUAGGUUUACAAUUUUUUAACAUGUCAAGUAUCAAACUUGAAUUUCAUAAAUUGAUUAAAAAUUAUGAAUACAGGGUUAUUAUUCUUUCUUUAUAAAAUAGUAUAUUAAUUCUUAAAAUAUAUUUGCUAAUAAUUUAGAUUAUUUUGUUCUACAACUAUAUAUCAGUAUUCUUGAAACAUUUGGUGAUUGCAGAUCUUCAGAUAGAAGAAACACUUAAGUAUAUUCUCUACUCUUAUUGUUUCCUUUUAGGACAACAAAUACAAAUUUCAUUAUGUGCAUAAAAUACUGUAUUCAUAAAUUUUUUUCUGUGUAAUAAAACACUAUAAAAUGUAAUUUUGCUUUAGAGAAAUUAUUUUAAGAAUUAUUUUAAGUAUGUGAGCAGAGCUAUUAAACAACAGACCCUCUUUUCUCACUUUCUGUUAAUUUAUCACCAAUGAAUUUUUUUCUUACCUUGUGCUUUCGUAACAGAUUUAGGCAGUUUCAGGUUAGGAAACUAGAGCCUGUGCUAUCCAACACAGACUGAGUGAAUAUUAAUUUAAAAUCCUAAUUUCACUCAAUUUUUGUCAGCCUACCUUCCCUUCUCCUUGAUCAACCAUGUACCUGUCUCUUCUGUUACAAGAAAUAAGAACAGUCAUUUUGAAGGAAAAUCUUCAUUUUUAAGCUUAAAAAGAAGAACUUAAUUAGUAAAUUUGGGGUAAGUUUAUUCCCAUCAUAUAGCCCAGUAAGGACUUCUAUAGAAAGAUAUACUGCAGAUAUUGUGACCAACACAUUAUUCAUUACAGUAAUAGGCAAAUGAAGUUGAUUUUGUACAAAAGACAAAGUGAAGAUCUAAGUAUAAAGGGUACGUAUCUUUCAAAAAGAAAAAGGAAGUGGAGGGAAAUCACCACCAAUAUAUAUAUUUCAACAAUAAAAGAUAGCUCAGUUAAAAUAAACUGGCAGCAGUAUGCACACCAAUACAUUAAACCUGUAACAAAAUAACUGAUGUGAAAGUGUAGUUUAUGGGAAUAUUUUCUCCAACAAAAAAAAACCCUGAUUUUAAUAAAUUACUGACUUUGUCUUCACACCAGAGCUGAGUUGACUGCCAACUCAGUAACUGUUUUAAUAUGAAUUUUAAAGGUUAUACAUAACUAUCUUACAUGAAUGAUCUAAAUCUUAAAGUAGUUUGGGGUUUUCUUCUUUAACUUGGCUCAUUUCAGUGACCUGUUUUAAAGUAUGUCCCUGCUAAUAGUUGUAGAAGUGCAACAC